UACAUCUAUACAUAUACAAUUACGCAUAUAUAUUUCCAAUUCCCAAUUCAAUUGAAUAAAAAAAUCCCAAAAAACAAAUUAGGGUUUCUGAAUUCACUAUCAAAUCCUCUCAAUCACUCUUCAAUAUCCUCAACAUAUAAUAGAUACAAUCGAUCUAUAUCUACACACAAUCAGUUUUUUAUAAGAGAUAAUGGAUUCCAAUGCUGGUAAUACGUCUGAAGAUGGUAGGGGAGCUGAUGACAGGGAUGAAGAUGAUGAUGAUGAAUAUGAAGAGGGUCGUGAUGGCAGCCGUCUUUUAGAAUUUAUGUUUGGGAAUAUUGACGGGGCUGGUGAUCUUGAUAUUGAUUACCUUGAUGAGGAUGCAAAGGAGCAUCUUGCUGCACUAGCUGACAAGCUCGGUUCUUCGUUAACAGAUAUCGAUUUGGCAGUAAAAAAGUCACAUACAUCUGGUGAUGCUGGUGAACAAGAUUAUGAUUUGAAGGCUGAAGAUGCAGUAGAUUAUGAAGAUAUUGAUGAACAAUAUGAGGGACCAGAAGUCCAAGCCUUAACUGAGGAAGAUUAUCUAUUACCGAAAUCUGAUUAUGUUUCUGCAGAAGCAGUAACAGUAGCAUCAGUUGCAUCAUCUUCAUUGUUCGAUGAUGAUAAUUAUGAUGAAGAGGAAGAAGAAGAAGAAGAAUUACAGAAAGAAUUUGACCGGGUGGAUGAUAAAGACCAAUUUCCAACCACCACAUUACCAGGUGAAGUUGUGAAUGAUCUGCCAGUGCUUUCUCAGGGGAAAUGCUCACCAGUGAAUGGUAGUGGUGUGCUUGAGAUAGACAAUUCAGAUCCUGAUGUUGUUGAAGUUCAGAAGGACGACACUAACCUUUUAGAAGAGCUGCCUGGAGCCAAUAGUUCAACACCCCUGCCUGUCCUUUGUGUAGAAGGUGGAAAUGUGAUCUUACGAUUUUCAGAAAUUUUUGCUAUUCACGAGCCUUUAAAGAAAGCAGCAAAGAGGGAACAUUGGUUAUCUGUUCCAAAAGAAAAAUACAAGACCAUGGAUGUAUCUGAUAUCGUGGAGGAGGAUGAGGAGGAUUUUUUAAAGGGUUCCUUAGAAGGUUAUCCCUUUAUAAGACAUACACAUGUAGUUGAAGAUGAUUUAGCCUCAUUCGAUGAUGAUAAAGUAGAGCUUCCAAAUUCUGAUAUCAAUGAGGAUGAGCAAAAAGACUGUUCUCACGUUGUCCUACCAUUGAAUGAAAGUACAGACGACUAUCUUCCUCUUGAUCAGCAAGACUGGGAAAACAGAAUUAUGUAUGAUUCACCAUCUGUAAGUGAAACUUCUGAUGGAAGUGAACUUUCUGGACCCGAGUCCGAUUUGUUGAAAGGACGAUUGAAAUCUCAAACACCGGUUGAGCUAAUUACAGAUGAGGAAGACCAUGGUCUUUUUUAUCGAAACCGAUUUGUUUCUGUCGAACCAUUUGGUUCUAGAAAAUAUCCAAAAUCAUACAGUUCUUGCGAAGAAUCUGUAUAUCAUCCCCAAGUUUUGCGUUUAGAGUCUCGGUUGGGAACAGAUAAUACAGUUGAGAGUGAUACCAUUAAGCGAUUUAACAAGCUUACUUUACAAAAUAAAGACUUGCUAAAUGGGUUAUGGAUGGAAAGAAUAGUGUGGGAUCCACAUCAAUCAUCCUCAAAGGCGAAAUUACAUCUUGAUCUUCAAGAUGAACAAAUGCUUUUUGAAGUUGUAGAUGACUAUGAUGGUGAGCAUCUUGAUCUUCAUCUUCACGCUGGAGCCAUGAUUUCAACUUGCUCUGCCGAGUCAGCAAGAGGUGAUUUAUUGGAUGUACAUGGUCACGGAGGUCAACUGGGAGAGAGAUUUAAUAUUGCCAAUGAUAAGUUUUAUUCGAACAGAAAGUCCUCCCAGCAACAGCUGAAAUCACAUUCUAAAAAGCGUGCUGCGCAUGGUGUUAAAGUGUUGCAUUCGAUACCUGCACUUAAGCUACAGACGAUGAAAGCCAAGCUUAGCAAUAAAGAGAUAGCAUAUUUUCAUAGACCAAAAGCUUUGUGGUAUCCUCAUGAAAAUGCUGUGGCACUUAAGGAACAAGGAAAGCUGCUCUCAAAAGGAUCAAUGAAAAUUAUCUUGAAAAGCUUGGGAGGGAAAGGCAGCAGGCUUCAUGUGGAUGCCGAGGAGACGAUAUUAUCUGUUAAAGGCAAAGCUACUAAAAAGCUUGAUUUUAAACUAUCCGAACCCGUGAAAAUAAUAUACUCGGGAAAGGAACUUGAAGAUGAAAAAUCUCUUACCGAACAGGAUGUUAGACCAAACUCCGUGCUGCAUCUUGUUCGUACAAGAAUACAUCUGUUACCCCGCGCCCAAAAGCUUCCUAGUGAUAACAAAUCCUUGCGUCCUCCUGGGGCCUUUAAGAAGAAAUCAGAUCUCUCAGCGAGAGAUGGCCAUGUAUAUCUAAUGGAGUACUGUGAGGAAAGGCCUCUACUUCUUGGAAACACUGGAAUGGGUGCUCGCUUGUGCACUUACUACCAAAAAGUAGCCCCUGGUGAUCAAACUGGGGCCCAAUUGCGUAGUGGUCCUAACAAUUUGGGGACUGUCCUCACACUUGAUCCUGCUGAUAAGUCCCCCUUUCUAGGAGAUAUAAAGGCUGGUUCAACCCAGUCAUGUCUUGAAACAAAUAUGUAUAGAGCUCCAAUAUAUCCACAUAAGGUCUCAUCCACGGACUAUUUACUAAUUCGCUCCGCUAAAGGAAAGCUCUCCUUAAGACGCAUUGACCGGAUUUAUGUUGCUGGACAACAGGAACCUCAUAUGGAGGUAAUGUCCCCUGGGUCGAAAGGGGUUCAGAAUUAUCAUAUGAAUAGACUUCUGGUGUUUAUGUAUCGUGAGUUUCGUGCCUGUCAAAAGAAUGGCUUGGUACCUGCCAUUCGGGCGUCUGAGUUAGCAGCACAGUUUGCAAAUGGGGUUGAAGUUCCUGUAAGGAAGAAGUUGAAGAGUUUUUGUGAUCUUCAGAGGGGUUCAUGGGUUAUGAAGCAGCAUUCCCACUUUCCAUCAGAGGAGGAGCUUAGAAAGAUGGUUUCACCCGAAGAUGUGUGUCGCUUUGAAAGUAUGCUCGCUGGAAUGUAUAGGCUGAAACGUCUAGGAAUCAGCAUGACUCAACCAGCUGGUCUCUCCUCUGCAAUGAAUCAGCUACCCGCUGAAGCAAUUGCUUUAGCUGCUGCAUCGCACAUUGAGAGAGAAUUACAAAUAACUCCCUGGACCUUAAGCGGCAACUUUGUUGCAUGUACAAAUCAGGAUAAAGGAAAUAUUGAGAAGUUAGAGAUUACUGGGGUUGGUGAUCCAUCUGGUCGAGGUUUGGGAUUUAGUUAUGUUCGUACUGCUUCCAAGGCACCGGUCUCGAAUGCAACAGCCAAGAAAAAGGUACCUGUAACUCGAGGGGUCUUGCAAGUGACAGGAACAGAUGCUGAUCUUCGUAGAUUAAGCAUGAAAGCAGCACGCGAGGUUCUUAUAAAAUUCAAUGUUCCAGAGGAUCAGAUUGCAAAACUUACAAGAUGGCAUCGCAUUGCAAUGAUUCGAAAGCUUUCUAGUGAACAGGCUGCAUCUGGACAUGAGGCUGAUCCAACUACAAUCAACAAGUAUGCGCGUGGCCAAGGCGGCCAGAGAAUGUCAUUUUUGCAGCUUCAACAACAAACUAGAGAAAAAUGUCAGGAGAUUUGGGAACGACAAUUACAAAAUCUCUCUGCCAUAGAUGGUGAAGAUAAUGGAAGUGACACCGAAGCAAACAGUGAUCUGGAUUCAUUUGCAGGGGAUCUUGAGAAUUUGCUGGAUGCAGAAGAAGGUGAUGAUGGAGAUGAGGGAAAUUUCGAGUCAAAUCAUGAAAAUUUAGCUAGUGUUAAGGGGAUAAAAAUGAGACGCUUGCCUUCCCAAGCUCAGGCAGAAGUGGAAAAUGAAGAUGAAGCGGCCGAAGCAGCAGAGUUAUGCAGAAUGCUCAUGGAUGCAGAUGAUGAGGCUGAACGUAAGAAGAAAAAGGUGAAAGCGGGAGGAGAUAUGGGAUCUGUUUCUAUGCAGCAGUUAAAUCGUAACUCCAAAAACAAAGAUAGGUUAAAGACAAUCAACACAGUUGAGAAGCCAACGUGUGACACUCGACCUGAUGGAUCAUUUUCCAUCAAUGAAAUUGCCAUCAAAUCGACAAAAGAUGAUGAAUUAUUUCCUUUUAGGAAGAACUUUCCUGGAAAGAUGAAAACCAAAAAGAAGGAUGAUUUUGAACAAGUUGGUUUACUGAAUAAGAAGCUUAGAAUUUUGAAUGAUGGAAUGAAUAUCAUGAAGGUUGGAAAUACAAAGAAAAACGCAAGAGAGAGUUUUACAUGUGGAGCUUGUGGUCAGUAUGGUCACAUGAAGACCAACAAACACUGUCCCAAGUAUAGAGAAAACUCCAACAUCCAAAUUGAAAGUAUGGAUCCUGAAAAAGGGCCAAACAAAUCUAUUAAUUUAGAUUCCACUCCCAAACCACAACAGAAAAAUACUGUAAAAAAGCUCAUACAAAAGGGGACAAAGCUAGCCGUAGUAGAAAGAUCCCCAGACGAUGAGAGGAACUCAUUGAAAGCCAAAGUUCUAAAAGUGAAAUGCGGGCCUGCCAAUAGUAACAUGGCUCCCGAAAAGGCUACUCCUAGCACCUCUCAGGUUUCUGAUAGACCUGUGACUUCAGAUACUGAAGCCGUUAAUAGAUCCUCAGUUAAAGUUAAUAAAAUUAUUUUCUCCAACAAGAUGAAAACUGAUGAUGUGCAAGUUGAUUCACAUAUACCCCCCUCUCUUGUGAUUCGGCCACCCGUUGAGAGUAAUAGCAACCCGAAUCCACCUAGAAAAACAAUUGUUAUUAGACGACCCAGGGAAGUCUUUGAUCUUGACCAGGUUAGUCAAGAAAUAAGCCCAAUCGAGCCUAGAAAGACAAAAAGAAUGACCGAAUUAUCGGGUUUUCAAAUGCAUAGAGACAAUGAAAGUGAACAUUUUGUGGAAAGGGGCCGGGCUAAUAGAGCUAAAGAUGAUAACCGGUAUUGGGAAUCAUUGAGAAUGGAAAGACAGAGAGAUGAACAGGCCCGAUUGUUAUUUGAAGAGCAGCAAGCCAGAAAGUUACAAGAGCAGGAACUGGUUGCAAAUAUUAGACGCUUUGAAGAGGAUAUAAAAAGAGAGCGGGAAGAAGAAAGGCGCCAAAGAGAAAAAAAGAAGAAAAAGAAUAACAGAAAUUUUGGGAUGAUAAAUGAUUAUUAUGAGGAUACUCACCCUAGAAGAGAUGAGAGACGGGCCACUGAAAGAGAACGGUCUGCAAAGCGGAAACCUGUUUCAGAUUUAGGUGGGAGGUUCAGUGUCGACUACACCCCAGCAGUGAAACGUCGCAAAGGAGGAGAGGUUGGUUUGGCAAAUGUAUUGGAGGAGAUUAUCGAUACACUGAAGGCAAAUGAGGUGUCAUUUCUUUUCUUGAAACCCGUGACCAGAAAAGAAGCUCCAGACUACCUGAGGAUAAUAGACCGCCCAAUGGACCUGGCAACAAUGAGGGAAAAGGUUAGAAGAUUCGAGUAUAAAAACAGAGAUGCAUUCAGACACGAUAUGUGGCAAAUUACAUUCAAUGCUCAUAAAUAUAAUGAUGGGAGAAAUCCCGGGAUUCCUCCUCUUGCUGACCAGCUUUUGGAGCUUUGUGAUUUCUUGUUAUCUGAAAAGGAUAAAGAUUUGACUGAACACGAAGCUGAUAUAGAGGACUAAAGAUAUGUAUCAUUGUAAGUAGAAUUGUACAUUUGCCCUGUAAUUUAGUUAAAGGGGGGUAAGAGAGCAACUUUUCCUCUAUUUUAUGUAAGGAAAUUGUAUAUAUGUAGAGUAUAGAUAGUUAUAUGUUUUGUACACCCGUCUUGUUAUGUUCUUGCUGCAUGGGCAAUAUCAUGGAGGUUGUGGUGAUGAGCUGAUGAAGUUAUCAUUGGAAUACCUGGGUCGCCCUUUACUCAAUUCAUGUUUCACGUGUCUUUCAAAAGUUUGUAUUUAUUUUGAAAAGAAAAUAUUAAAUGGCUACAUACAAUGAUACAAUGCUAGUCAGUUGCAUCUAUUCUUCUUCAAACUGAGAAUGACUGAUUUUUAUUGUAAUAGAGACAAUACUGGUUUGGAAAGUCUCGGGUGUAUUAUUGGUGUUCAAUAAA